GUCGAGGCGUCUUGCAAGAAAACGGUUUCUAUGUGCAUCUGGCAUCGCCCCUUCCCCAUUUGCUCCCCAAUCCUCAUUCUUCUUUAUGUGGAUAUGCAAGCAAGAAGAGGAGACUGGAUAUUCCCAACAUGCUCACUCCCCUAAUCUGUCCGCCUAGAGGUUCUGCUUCUACAAAUCAAGGGAGUGUAAGAGCUGAAGAUGAGGCCCAGAGCAGAGUGCUAUUCUUCAAAAUUCUGGCUUAUGCUGGCAGUCUUAGCAACAACAGGUGGUAUGGCUUGGGCUCAAAAGAACCAUCCCAGCAUUGGCAUUGCUGUCAUCUUGGUGGGUACCUCUGAUGAAGUAGCUAUCACAGAUGCCCACAAGAAGGAUGAUUUCCAUCACCUCUCUCUCAUUCCUCGGGUGGAACUCGUUGCCAUGAAUGAAACAGAUCCCAAGAGUAUCAUCACCCGCAUCUGCGAUAUAAUGUCUGAACGGAGGGUGCAAGGUGUGGUAUUUGCUGAUGAUACUGACCAGGAAGCUAUUGCCCAGAUCCUGGACUUCAUUUCUGCCCAGACCCUCACACCCAUUCUAGGAAUCCACGGAGGCUCUUCUAUGAUCAUGGCAGACAAGGAUGAAUCAUCCAUGUUCUUCCAGUUUGGUCCAUCGAUAGAACAACAAGCUUCUGUUAUGCUGAACAUCAUGGAAGAAUAUGACUGGUACAUUUUCUCCAUUGUCACUACCUACUUUCCUGGCUACCAAGAUUUUGUCAACAAGGUCCGUAGCACUAUUGAGAACAGCUUUGUUGGCUGGGAGCUGGAAGAGGUACUCUUGCUGGAUAUGUCUCUGGAUGAUGGAGAUUCAAAGAUCCAGAAUCAACUCAAGAAACUCCAGAGUCCUGUCAUCUUACUGUACUGUACUAAGGAAGAGGCCACUUAUAUCUUUGAGGUGGCUAACUCUGUAGGACUGACUGGGUAUGAUUACACAUGGAUUGUGCCCAGUUUGGUGGCUGGAGAUACAGACACAGUUCCAUCUGAAUUUCCCACUGGACUCAUCUCUGUGUCAUACGAUGAGUGGGACUAUGGUCUUCGUGACAGAGUGAAAGAUGGAAUAGCCAUAAUAACCACGGCCGCCUCUGAUAUGCUAUCUGAGCAUAGCUUUAUUCCUGAGCCCAAGAGUAGCUGCUACAAUACACAAGACAAGAGGAUCUACCAAUCUAACAUGUUAAAUAGAUACCUGAUUAAUGUCACCUUUGAAGGAAGGAAUUUAUCGUUCAGUGAAGAUGGCUAUCAGAUGCAUCCUAAACUGGUUAUCAUACUUCUGACCAAGUCAAGAACAUGGGAUAGAGUGGGAUGGUGGAAGGACAAGCGCCUCAAAAUGAAGUAUUACGUGUGGCCACGUUCUGAGCUAUAUCCUAACUGUGAGGAACGUGAGGAUGACCAUCUUAGCAUAGUGACCCUUGAAGAAGCACCUUUUGUUAUUGUGGAAAAUGUGGACCCACUAAGUGGCACCUGUAUGAGGAACACAGUUCCAUGUCAAAAACGAAUUGUAUCGGAAAACAAAACAGAUGAAGAGACUGCCUAUAUCAAGAAAUGUUGCAAAGGAUUUUGUAUUGAUAUUCUUAAAAAAAUUUCUAAGUUUGUGAAGUUCACCUAUGAUCUUUAUUUGGUAACCAAUGGUAAACAUGGAAAGAAGGUCAAUGGAACAUGGAAUGGAAUGAUUGGUGAGGUGGUUGCCAAACGUGCCUAUAUGGCUGUGGGAUCCCUCACCAUAAAUGCAGAGCGUUCAGAAGUGGUAGAUUUUUCUGUUCCCUUCAUUGAGACAGGAAUCAGUGUAAUGGUGUCACGAAGCAAUGGAACAGUCUCACCUUCUGCCUUUUUAGAGCCAUUCAGUGCUGAUGUGUGGGUGAUGAUGUUUGUAAUGCUGCUUAUAAUCUCUGCGGUGGCUGUCUUUGUCUUUGAGUACUUCAGCCCUGUGGGAUACAAUCGGUGUCUGGCAGAUGGCAGAGAGCCUGGUGGUCCAUCUUUCACUAUUGGUAAAGCUAUCUGGCUACUGUGGGGCCUUGUAUUCAACAACUCUGUGCCAGUGCAGAAUCCGAAGGGGACUACCAGCAAGAUCAUGGUAUCAGUAUGGGCCUUCUUUGCUGUCAUCUUUCUGGCCAGUUACACUGCCAAUUUGGCUGCCUUUAUGAUCCAAGAAGAAUAUGUUGACCAGGUGUCUGGACUGAGUGACAGAAAGUUCCAAAAUCCAAAUGCUUUCUCACCACCUUUCCGCUUUGGAACAGUUCCCAAUGGCAGCACAGAGAGGAAUAUUCGCAACAAUUAUGAACUGAUGCAUGCCUAUAUGGUAAAGUUUAACCAAAAAUCGGUGCAAGAUGCUUUAUCGUCACUGAAGACAGGGAAACUGGAUGCUUUUAUUUAUGAUGCUGCUGUGCUAAACUAUAUGGCUGGCAGAGAUGAAGGCUGCAAGCUAGUGACAAUUGGCAGUGGAAAGGUCUUUGCUUCUACUGGCUACGGCAUUGCCAUCCAGAAGAAUUCUGGCUGGAAGCGGCAAGUGGAUCUUGCAAUUUUACAGCUUUUUGGCGAUGGGGAGAUGGAGGAACUAGAAGCUCUCUGGCUCACUGGGAUUUGUCACAAUGAGAAGAAUGAGGUGAUGAGUAGUCAGCUGGAUAUUGACAACAUGGCAGGAGUCUUCUAUAUGUUGGGAGCAGCCAUGGCCCUCAGCCUCAUCACCUUCAUCUGUGAACAUCUCUUUUAUUGGCAAUUUCGCCAUUGCUUCAUGGGGGUCUGUUCUGGCAAGCCUGGUGUUGUCUUCUCCAUUAGCAGGGGUAUUUACAGCUGCAUCCAUGGAGUGGCUAUUGAAGACCAUCAGUCCUCUAUGAAUUCUCCCACUGCCACCAUGAAUAAUACCCAUUCUAAUAUUUUGCGUCUGCUCCGAACAGCAAAGAACAUGGCUAACCUUUCAGGUGUCAAUGGAUCACCACAAAGUGCCCUGGAUUUCAUCCGCCGAGAAUCAUCAGUUUAUGAUAUCUCUGAACACCGCCGCAGCUUUACCCACUCUGAUUGCAAGUCUUAUAAUAACCCCCCUUGUGAGGAGAAUCUUUUCAGUGAUUAUAUUAGUGAGGUAGAAAGGACUUUCGGCAAUCUACAACUGAAAGAAAGUAAUGUUUAUCAAGACCAUUAUCAUCAUCAUCAUCGCCCCCAUAGCAUUGGUAGUGCCAGUUCUAUUGAUGGACUAUAUGACUGUGAUAAUCCACCUUUCUCUACCCAGUCUCGAUCCCUCAGUAAAAAGCCACUAGACAUUGGUUUACCACCAGCCAAGCAUGGCCAGUUAGGUGACCUUUAUGGCAAGCUGUCAUUCAAGAGUGAUCGAUAUAGUGGAGGAGGGGCACAUGAUGAUUUAAUCCGUUCAGAUGUUUCAGACAUAUCUACUCAUACAGUAACAUAUGGUAACAUUGAAGGUAAUGCUGCAAAGCGGAGAAAACAGCAAUAUAAAGAUAGUUUAAAGAAACGCCCAGCCUCAGCUAAAUCACGAAGAGAGUUUGAUGAGAUUGAACUGGCCUAUCGACGGCGUCCCCGUUCCCCUGAUCACAAGCGCUACUUUAGAGACAAGGAAGGGCUAAGGGAUUUCUAUUUGGACCAAUUCCGGGCUAAGGAAAACUCACCACAUUGGGAACAUGUAGAUCUGACAGAUAUCUAUAAAGAACGGGGAGAUGACUUUAAGCGUGACACUCUAGGGGGAACAGGGACGUGUACAAAUAGGACCCAUCACAAACAUGGGUCAGGGGAAUUUGGAGUAAACAAUGAGCACAAGCACAGUGUUGUGAGUGGGGUACCAGUGCCAUGGGAAAAAAACCUUACCAAUCUUGAUUGGGAGGAACGGCCAGGGUCUAAUUAUUGCCGCAGUUGCCCAUCUAAGCUGCAUAACUACACCCCAGGUGUGGUGGGACAGAACUCCACCCGUCAGCCAUGCAUCCGGUGUGAAGCCUGCAAGAAGGCAGGCAACCUCUAUGAUAUCAGUGAGGACAACUCCCUUCAAGAGCUGGAUCAGCCAUCUGCUCCUGUGCCAGUGGCAACCAGCACCUCCACCACCAAGUACCCUCAGAGCCCUUCCAACUCUGCCUCCAAGGUGCAGAAAAAGAAUCGCAACAAGCUCCGCCGGCAGCACUCCUAUGACACAUUUGUGGAUCUGCAGAAGGAAGAAGCAGCCUUGGCCCCACGCAGUGUGAGCUUAAAGGACAAAGGCCGCUUUUUGGAGGGAAGCCCUUAUGCUCAUAUGUUUGAAAUGCCAGCAAGCGAGUCCACUUUUGCCAACAACAAGUCCUCACUGCCUGCUACCAGCCACCACCACCACAACAAUCCUGGCAUUAGUGGUGGUUAUAUGUUAAGCAAGUCUCUUUACCCCGAUCGGGUCACUCAAAACCCUUUCAUCCCCACUUUUGGGGAUGACCAGUGCUUGCUCCAUGGCAGCAAAUCCUAUUUCUUCAGGCAGCCUGUGGUGGCAGGAGGGCCCAAGGCCAGGCCAGACUUCCGAGCCAUUGUCACCACCAACAAGCCAGUGGUCUCAGCUCUUCAUGGAGCUGUGCCAGCCCGUUUCCAGAAGGACAUCUGUAUAGGGAACCAGUCCAACCCCUGUGUGCCUAACAACAAAAACCCCAGGGCUUUCAAUGGCUCUAGCAAUGGGCAUGUUUAUGAGAAACUUUCUAGUAUUGAAUCUGAUGUCUGAGUGAUGGGGAAAAAAGCAUGGGAGGGGAUGGUGCAGGAAAUGCAAAGCAUGGGAGGGGCAAGUGGUGGGUUUAAUCCUAGCUCCCAUUUGCUACUCUUCUGCUACUGUUUCUUUCCUUUUUUAAAAAAAAAUGUGGAAUAUUGGAGUUCUGCUUAGGCAGAUCUGAUGAGAAGUGCCACUUCUUUCUUUCCCCACACCUGAACUCCUGAUUAUCUCUUUUCAUUUCCCUACUCACAUUUCCAUUCCUGACCAUCACAUGUCAGAGCUUACUAGCUUAGCUUGUGUUUUCACAGUUGAAAAGACAGGGCAUGGAUCAGGUGAGGUCAGCACAUGGGUAGGGGCAAUACCCCAAUACAGAAUUGGGGUUUUCUUAGCAACAAACAGGGAUGGUUAGUAUUGAUAUGAAAAUACCAUGUAAGGUACAGAGCAGAGGAAAGAAUGGUGUUUCAAAGAUUAGUUCUUUUUAUAUCUGUACUUUUAAAAAAAUUGUGAGAUACAACUAAUGUGGAAUUUAUUUAAUGAAAUACAUUCAGUUCUUUUAUAAAGACUUUAGGGGAAGGGUAAAAAUUGAAAUUGCAUAGAUACUUACAUCUUGGAAUACAAUAUAUCUUAUGGAAAAAGGAGGUGUGGAGAUCUGCUUGGAUGUUCAGUUACGGCAGUCCAUCAAGGCGAUUUCUGAAGGAUAGGCUGAAAUUACAGAAGCUAAGACAAGUGAGAACAGGAAACUAUUACCAAGAGUCUUGAGAAAAUUAAAAGAUGGGUUUGUGGGGUGGGGAAUCUGUCUGAUUUUUCUCUACUCAUGAAAACUCAUUGUUAAUUUUGAAACCAUAAACAUUUGGAUGUGGAUUGAUUUGUGCACAGCUCUCUUAAAUAAUGAUUUACAUCAAAUACAGACAACAAAAACAAAACUAAUGUAACAUCACUGAAGUAUUUUUCUUACUCACCCCAGCAGAACAAGCCUCUGCAGUGUGGAUGAAUAAAAAAUCUUAAUGAUUAGAAAAGAAGGCUGGCAGCUCCAUAAACUCCACUAUUCUUUUGAUGAAUUAAAUGUGGAAGGGA